AUGCUCUCCCCCACCAACUGCCUCCGCCUCAGCUCGACCACCAUGCCUCAGGGCGCCCCCAAGGCCAUCGCAUUCUCACCCGAAGAAGCCAUGGCGAUGUACCCUUCGCGCGCCGAACAGGUCUCUCCCCCGCCCACUUCCCACCGCGCGCUCCGCGACCGCUGUGGUGUGACCCUCAACAUCCGCAUGGAGUAUGCCACAGCAGGGUCGACCAAGCCCCGCCGUCUCAUCAACGCUGCCCCGGGCAACAUCAACACCGAGCCGCACCACGCCAAGCUCCCGCGCCGCAAGGUCGUGGCGAAGAUCGUGCACCCGGCCAGCCCGAAACCCGAGACCCCUGUCGAGCCUCCCGCGCCCACCCCGAUCUCCCAACCGCCCGCGGCCAACGACCCGCAGCUGCAGGAGAUCCUGCCGGCGAUGCACGUCUGCUUCGGGAACGCCCACCACGCGCGCCGGAUGGGCUUCACGCACUGCGUCGAGGUCGUCUACACCUACGCCGAGCCGCAGCGGGACCGGGUCCUCCGCGGCGGGGACGUCAAGCGCCUCCGCCUCACGCUGCCCCGCGACGUGCGCGAGCGGAGCGCGUCGCGUCUGCGGCUCACGGAGGCGCAGCUGCUGCUCGCGCGCGACUUCAUGCUCGACGUGGUCCCGGCGGCGGACGCGACGAAGCCGGCGGGAGACGUGAAGAUCCUCGUGAGCGUGCCGGCGGGGCGUCCGACGGAGGCGAUGUGCAUCGCCGGCACGUACCUCGCGCACGCCGCGGACCGGGACGCGGAGGAGAUCCUCAGGUGCAUUGACGAGGAGGAGGAGGCGGUGCUGAGCGUGUGGAAGGGCGAGGUGUCAGAGAUCGAGGCGGCGCAAGUGAACAAGGUUGCAUUUCUGCCCGCGAGCACGGGCACCUGCCGGGAGUAA